AGAGAACGAAUUCGAAUGCACCCCGGGCUUUUGCUUGCCCGUGUUGAAAGUCUGCGAUGGAUUCAUGGAUUGUGGAAAUGGGAAGGAUGAGGAAAAUUGUCAGCACAUAACUCUGUGUCGACCGGACCAGUUCCAGUGCUUAGACGGAACUUGCGUGAGCCAGACCGCGAGAUGCGACGGAAGAUCCGACUGUCGAGAUCGUUCUGACGAAACCAAUUGCACCGUAACCACCUGCAGCGGAGAUCAGUUCAGGUGUCUGGACGGAACUUGCAUCAGUAUCGACAAGAGAUGCAAUCAGAACAUAGACUGUCGCAACGGAGAGGACGAGAGCCAGUGCGUUAAAGGGUUAAAUGUGCAUGAGUGUGGUGUGUGGAAGCAGGUUGCGGAGAGGCCUAUUUUCGCUGCAAUCAGGAUGGACGGUGCAUCGGUUACGAGUUGCAGUGCAACGGGGUGGAGGAGUGCUCUGAUGGCUCUGACGAGAGGGACUGCGAGUCUCUCACGUUUCGUCGUCGCAGAGAAUGCCCUGUGGAAGAACAUAUACAACGACAAGCGUAUAUUUCAAAAUUAUCUGGAAGCGAGAAAUCGAAUGUGGAGCCGCGUCGGCGAACCAAAAUGGCGGCAGACAUUGUCGAGUCGGAAGAAGCAAGUCGUGAAGAAACACUUCGUCGGCGAUCCGUCCUUGAAGAAAACACCUCGCUAUCCAGCGUAUCCAAGGCUGAACACCGAAACAAAGAACAAGGCAGGCAAGAAUUUUUACAAGAGUCUCAGGCCUGCGAAAAAUAUGCUACGUUCCUUGAGCGAAGCGAAGAAUCUCACUGAGAAUAAAGUUAGAAAGUCGAGAAAAAAAAAGAAGAAGAAGAAGAAGCACCAACGUGAAAGGAUUGCUGUAAAAAACGAUACGAAUGUUCACGAGAAUGCAACGUCUACGAGUACUGAGGUGUCAGUUCCAACGAAUUCCACGACUUUGGUCGACGAGGAGAAGGUACGCGGAAAGAAGAAGUCGAGAAAGGGCAAGAGAAAGAGGCAGAAGGGUAGAUUCAAACGUCCGGAAAGCUCCGCGACGCCGGAAACCGUUAGUUCGACUGUCUCCAGUAGUCCAGACUCAACUGCAGUAGUCCAAAUAUCUUCUCCUGCUGUUCAGAAUGAGACUGUCCAGACUCGAGAAAAGCUCGAGGAGACGAGCAAUUGGAGAAUCUUCGAGGGAACUACGCUACCAAAAUUUGAAGACUUUCAAAUUACGUUGGAAAUUAAUCCUUCUACCAGGGAAGACGAUGAAGCAAACAGCACGACAGAAACUGCCUCUACCUCAGUAAACGAUGACUCUGUUAUUCCCACAGGAACGAGUGAGAGACUGUUUUCUUCCACAGACGAGGAUCUAGACGAAACCGUGAAAGUCGCCUCAGUGACCACGGAAACGUCUACGAACUGGAACUCCGAUGAACUAAGAAUUAAUCUCAUUGGCUCUUCGGAGACUGGACGUUCGAACUGGUCCUCCGAGGAAGAUCUGGACAGGAAUUUGAACUCAGUCGUGGAGGAAGAGAUGACGAGAUCAUACUCGAUGGAAGGGAACAGUUCCAACGUGUCCAGGAUUAAACAUUCGUCCAGAGAGGAGCUGGCAUUUACAGAGGAAACCACAGAAAAUUGUUCCAGCGCAAAUUGUUCGCAAGUCACUAUGGUUACCGACGAUCCCAGUCAGAACUCUGUAGAGACAUCAGGCAGCAGAGAAGAAAUUUAUGGCUACAGGGCAAAGAAAGGUGGCAAACUGGCGAAGUUUUUUCACAAAUACUUGCAGGGGCGAGUAUCAUCGUCACCAUCGCCAUUAUCAAUGAAGAAAAAUAUUUCUGGCGUGUCUAAGGUUAAAUAUUCGUCCAAGGAGCAGAACUCGGAGACUAUAUUUGUGGAUGAAACCACGCUGUCAGAUUUAGGAAAUUCUUACAACGUUACAGAGAGAAGCGAGAAUUCUGGCUCUGCAGAGACUAGUCAGAAUUCUGUAGAGACAUCGGGCAGCAGGGAAGAAAUUUAUGGCUACAGGGCAAAGAAAGGUGGCAAACUGGCGAGAUUUUUUCACAAAUACUUGGAGGGGCGAGUAUCAUCGCCAUUAUCAGUGAAGAAAAAUAUUUCUGACGUGCCUAGGGUUAAAUAUUCAUCCAAGGAGCAACUCAGAGAGGAUGAGAACUCGAAGAGGAUAUUUGUAGAUGAAACGAAGCUGAAAAAUUCUUACAGGAUCGCAAGGAGAAAGGAAAAUUCUGACAGCAGAGAAGACAUUCGUGGCUACAAAGCAAAGAAAGAUGGCAAACUAGCGAGAUACUUUCACAAGUAUUUAGAGUCAACUGCCCCUCCAACUCUAGACGAAGAUUACACCGACUACAAUUUAUCCGCCAAGCUAGAGACACUGUUAUUCGAGUCCAGUUCCAAGGUAGUCUUGAUAGACCUGUUGAGCGGCGCCAGAUUGUCCAACCACAAGAACCACCCGAUUCUACAAUUGUACAACUGCAGCUUGACCUGUUCUGCUUGCAAGGAGAGAGUGUCGGAACUGGAAGCGAAGUUGAAAGCAGCCCUCGAGAACACUCUGAGGAACGACGUGAAAAUUGACUCUGGUCUAAUCGAGGAGAGCACACCGCUUGCCAGGCUAGAGGACAACGAUUCUUCAGACUCGUUGCAAGAUCUCUCGGAGCUGUCGGAGGUGUUCAGUCCUGAUUUGAACGUGGCGCCGACUUACAACUACCUGAACGUCACGGAAUCGCCCGCAUUGGUGGAGACGUUGACUAAGAGGAGCGAAGACGACACCGGUUGGCCCGGUUACUCGUUCUCCACGGAAAACCAAGGUGUUGGCCAAGAGGAAGGGCAAGUCCAACAGAGCGAGACGUAUUCGAGAGUGGACGACUCUACAGUUUCCAUUCCAAGUUUCUCAGUCAGUGGUCUGGCUGGGAAGAACGAGGAGUCGAGCACCAGGAGGCUCAGAGCUGACCAGAAUUUCGAGGAAGACGACGAGGAGGAUACCGCGGAGACGAGAAACAUCGGCACAACUGACAAUUGGUGGCAAACCUCGAACGAUGAUGAUCUGACAAAGUGCGAGCCGGACCAGUUCCUCUGCAACGAUGGUACCUGUAUCGGUUUGUACCUGGCAUGCGACGGAUACUCGGACUGUCCGGACGACAGCGACGAGUUCGACUGCCGCGGGAACACGAUCGAGGAUUAUGAGAACGGGAUCGACGGAACUGAAGGGAACUCGUCGUCGUGCUCGAGAUGGGAGUUCGCCUGCGACGGGAGUUGCAUCAGCAAUAGCUUCGUCUGCGAUAACGUCAGGCACUGUAAGGACGGAUUAGACGAGGAAGAUUGUGGCAUUGAAGGUAGAAACACCAUCCACAGUGCGUCUGUGUUCUUUCGUUCUACGCUUUCACCUCUUCUGGCAUCUUCGGACGUCCCUCGACGAAUAUCU